AUGGACGUGGAAGCGAAUGGACAACAGGAACCACCCCUGAAGCUGGCGCAGUCUACGGACCAAAGCGUCCAAGAUGCUUACGAUCUCGCAGCGAUGGGCCAUGACCAGGCCCUUGCCCGGAAAUUCGACAUAUGGAGCAUGUUAGCCCUUGCCUUUUGCGUGCUGGGAACAUGGUCGACCUUCGCACAAGACCUCUCCAGCGGUCUCACCAACGGCGGUGCCGUGACCCUCCUUUGGGGCUUGUGCCUGGUGACAGCGUGCAACCUGUGUGUGGGCCUGUCUAUGGGGGAGCUGGCGAGUAGCAUGCCUACUGCUCUGGGCCAGGCCUACUGGGUGUCGCGUUUGUGGAAUUCGAGCUGGGGCCGAUUCUUCUCGUACAUGUGUGCUUGGAUCAACACGUUCGGGUGGUGGACGCUCUGCGCAUCGCAGCUCGCCUUCAUGACAGACUUUCUGCUCGGGAUGAAGGUCAUGUUCGAUGCCGACUGGCCUGGUGCCAGCAAGGGAUGGCUGGAAUUUGUCGUGUACCUGGGCCUAGUCGCGGUCAUGACCGCGAUCAACGUCGUCGGAUGUCGGAAGGAAAAGAUCUUGCCGUGGUUGAACAAUUUCGUUGGAGUCUGGUUCGCAGGCCUGUUUGUCGUCUUUUCGCUCGCCUUGCUCAUCUCCGUCGGCGUCAAGUCAGACCUUUCCUUCCAACCCGCAUCAUUUGUCUUUGGGAAGUGGAUUAACGAGACGGGCUGGAGUGAUGGCGUCGUCUGGUUCACCGGUCUCGUCCAGGCUGCAUACGGUCUCACUGCCUUUGACUCUGUCAUCCACAUGGUCGAAGAACUUCCCAGCCCGCGCCGGAACGCACCCAAGGUGAUGUACCUAUCCAUCAUCUUCGGAGCCGUGACGGGAUUUAUCUUCAUGAUGGUCUGCCUCUUUUGCAUCCAGGACGUGAGCAAAGAAGUCGACGCAGACCUCCCCUUCAUCGUCCUAGUCCAAGACACAGUUGGGCUAGGCGGAGGUGCUGCCCUCAUCGCUCUGUUCAUCUUCAACGGACUAGGACAGGGCGUCAGCCUCUUCACCACCGCCUCACGCCUGACCUGGGGAUUUGCCCGGGAUGGCGGACUUCCCUGGAGCCCAUACCUUUCUCAUGUCGAUCGUGUUUGGCUAGUCCCCGCACGCGCUCUAUGGGUGCAGGGCUUUCUGAUUGCCCUGGUUGGCAUUCUGUACCUCUUUGCCAACACUGUCCUUAGUGCCAUCCUGAGCGUCAGCACUAUCGCCCUCACCAUCUCCUACGCCAUGCCAAUCCUCACCUUGCUUCUAGUUGGCCGGGACAAGCUCCCUCCUGGCCCUUUCCGCCUGGGGAGAUGGGGCCCGACCCUGAACUGGAUCGGUGUUGUGUACUGCGCCGUGACGACCGUGUUUUUCUUCUUUCCCGGCGCACCGAACCCGGCACCGGGCGACAUGAACUAUGCGAUCGCUGUGUUUGGAGUGAUGCUUGUGAUUUCGAUCGGAUUCUGGUUCCUCCAGGGGAGUCGAACGUAUUUGCAGACGGAAGAUGCCAUAUCGCAGAUGAUUCUGGCGCGGAGAUUGGAGAAUGAGCCCGAGGUUGUUCAGGAAGAACAGGUGGAUGCGACAAAGAAAUGA